GCCUCUCUGUGCGAUGUUCACUUACACACGACCGAUCGAUCCAAGAUUCUCUGCGUCCAAGCCAACGUUCAUAAAAAGCCCCAAAAGACGUUGACGGUAUUUCCUCUCGCUUCUCCCCUCUUUCCUAGAGCAUCCUCUAGGCCCCCUGACUACACAGUUCUCCUUGAGUCCUUACCAGUGACACCUUCGCCGACGUCGUUGAAGUUACCAGCCAUAUGGCACGCCGCUUAAACAGAUCCAUGCAACUUGCCGCCAUCCCUCCACAAGCAGGCCUCCCUCCAGAACCAGGGCGCGACUCUGGUUGAAAGGAGAAGAAGCAGACGAGAAGGGAAAAGAAAGGGAUCAGCUUGAAUUUUCGGUACAAUUCGGAAUUCCAAGACGCAAUGCACGUGUUCGUAGAAGGCGCCUGUCCUUGGCUGGACGAGCACCUCAAGUCGUACAUUAAACGGCAUGUGCCGGAUGCCACCUUCGUCGACGACGCCGAAGACCUCCCCAGGUCGGCCGAUGCAACCGUCCUCCAGGUCUGCGACGGGCAAACCCUCAACCGCCGGUUCGCCAUCCUGAACACCGCCAACGGACUCAUCAACGCGUACCCCAACAGCGAUGCCGUGGCCCGGAAGGACUACCUCUCCCAAGUCGUGGAAUACUGGACCGCCAAGAGGCCCGACAGCAUCCUGAAGGACCAUGUUCCGAUGACGGUGCGCCUAUCCCUCGACUAUGCCGAAUACGUCGACGACGCACUGGCAGCCGCGGACGAUCUGACGCUGCUCUAUACCCUGGAGGAGAACGCCGGCAAGCCCGCCUCGGAGCGCGACUGGUGGAUCCUCAAGCCUGCUCUGGUCGAUUCCGGCUCCGGCAUCCGCCUCUUCAGCACCAUCGAAGAGCUGGCGAGCCAUCUCGAGUUGGCCGAGUACGAGACUGACGACGAGGACUCGGAGGCGUUAUCCGUCAUCGAGGAGGAACAGUCCGAGGGGGCCGAAGUGGCUGCGAAACCCUCGUGCUCCCUCCACCCCGACAUGGACGCAGGGGACGCGGAUGACGACAAGGGGUUCAUGUUCUCUCCGUCCCUGUCCACCCCCGGCCUGGACGGUCUGGAUGUCCUCGUCACUGCCACCGGAGGCCUGAGCCUCGACGGGAAGAAGAACAACGGAAAGGCGCCGAAGCCUCAGUACGUCUUCAAGGAGAACGGGCGGAUCCCAUCCGCGCAGAUGCGCGAGUUCGUCGCGCAGCGGUACAUCGUCUCCGUGCCGCCGGUGGAGAAGCGCAAAUGGCACAUCCGGACCUACGUCCUCUCCAUGGGGCGUCUCAAGGUGCACGUCUACCGGGAGAUGCUCGCCCUGCUGGCGGGCGAGGACUACGAGCCGCCCUGGAAGAACCCGAGCCUCAAGUCGUCGCUCACCAACACGGCGCUGCAGGACGAGGAGGACUUUGUCGGCAAGGAGUCGAUGCGGGACUUUUGGAACAUCGCCGACGACCUGCUCCCCGGCGGCGGCGAUUGGAAGAACGACGUGUUCGACCAGAUCUGCGGCAUCUCGGCCGAGCUGUUCCGCGCUGCCGCGCAUACCAUGGCGGAUAAGUUCACGACCCUCGACAAGUGCUUUGAGCUGUAUGCGCUGGACUUCCUCGUCGACACGGAGGGGAGUGCGUGGCUGCUGGAGGUCAAUGAGACGCCUGCUUUCUAUCAGCAGGGGGUGGCGGGCCCGUUGUCCCUCCGUCUCAUGGAAUCGGUCGUCUGCGCGGCGGUGGAGCAUCUGGGCAAGGCUAAACUCGACGAUCCUCAGACUAAAGCUGUGAGGGAGCGCAUGGUUCAGGUUCUGGACGAGACGGAGAACCUUGCGAGGAGCAAUAUUACUGAGAUUAUGUCCGAGAACUUCUAACCUCUUACUGUAUAGAAUCGUUAGAACUUAGAUGGUUAGUGUUGGAUGGCUAGAGAAAAGUUUCGCUGAUAUAAUCGUCUAAUUGUAAAAAAAUUCAACCGCUUGCCAUUCAGCUGUGCUUCCUUGGUC